GUGAAAUUCUACCCGCCUUCGCUCAAGUCCGUCCUGAAGGCGCUGGAAGGCCGAGAGACGGGAGCCAAGUUCGGGUACAGUCUCGCGUCGGGAGAUUUCGACGGUGACGGCGUGUCGGAUCUCGCCGUCGGGGCGCCACUCUGUCGGGGGGAGAAGGAGGCACCCGACGCAGGGGGCGUGUUCGUCUAUUAUUCGCCGCUGAAGAAGAGUGAGUCGCAGAAACAGCAGGAGGUCAGAGGUCAGAGUGCAUGGGCGCGAUUCGGGCUGGCUCUGACCUCACUUGGUGACGUCAACGCAGAUGGAUACGAUGACCUAGCUGUGGGCGCACCUUAUGAAGACGAGGAUGGCGCUGUGUACGUGUUCAAUGGAGGUUCAGACGGUCUUCUCCCACGCCCAUCUCAGAUACUUCGCGCCUCCGAUUUUACGGGUAACCUGAGAGGCUUUGGCUUCAGCUUAGACGGCGGUGUUGACAUGGACGAAAACGGUUAUACGGACGUGGCGAUUGGCGCGCUAGGGGCCGAGUCAGCUGUUUUGCUCAGAUCCGCCCCGGUUCACCUCGUCGGCAACUUCAGCUUCGAGUCGGACUCCAUCUACAUCGAGGACAAGGAGUGCAUGAACGAGGAAGCCGGCUACAAGACGCAGAAGGGAACCUGCGUCAGCCUCAACGUCGCCAUGGCUUACCAGUCCAAGACGCCGCUGGGGAAGCUCGCCAUGUUAUUCCGCCUCACCCUCGACGGACAGGACAACGCUCAGCACCACGUUUUUUACAGUAACAACGGACACAGUUACGAACGCACAGCCGAUGUCUCUUUUGGCGGGAAACCUUCAACAUGGGCGGUCAAAGUGUUUUCAAAAUCCAACAGAUCCGUCGCCAACCAAGCACUCCGGGCUACUCUCUCCGUGUACCUCCUGCCUCCAGCUGAGACGAGUGGGCGUGCCAAUGCGGUGCCGCCCAUCUUGGACGCCCUCAGCCCCACCAGCUUCAGUGCCUCCGUCGUGUUCACCUGCAGGGACGAUUCUACGUGUUUCACCAAGCCCAAUUUGACUCUUGGGGGAUCGGCCCAAACCCUCAUCGUGGGCGAAGACAAAGUGGACAUCGGCAUCCAACUGAAGGUGAGGAACCAGUCGGCCAACGCAGUGGAGAUCCGGAUACAACACCCGGCGCCGCUGAAGUACCUCUCGGCCAAGGCACUCGGGUUACGACCUCCCGACUGCCGCUACCAGAACCUUGUCGGAGUCGUGAAUCCGACGUCGCUGCUGUGCACGUUCCGGUAUAUUGAUAUGGACGAUGAGGUAAACUUCACCCUAGUUUUCACACACGACCCCGAAGCCCUGAUGAACUUGCUCGAACACUCCACUCUGAGCGUGAAUCUGACAGCCACGAGCGACGGGUUCGACAGCAGCAACGGGAACAGCGGCUUCAGGAUUCCUAUUCCUACGGUUCUUUGAGUCCGUGCUCUAUACUGGAAGCACCUCACAGACAGACGCCAUCUCUGUGAAGGUCAACCAGUCCUCCACCAUGAGAGAAAUCGAGGAGGCGCUGUCCGAGGACGUCCCCGUGCCCGUCGACCGGCUUGGACCCCAGAUGCCAGCACGAGUUCUUCCUGGAAAACCGAGGUUCCGACGCCCGU